UUGUUUUCAGUGAGCGAACAUUUUUCAUUCGAUUCGGAUUUGUCUUGGCAAUUCGGUUCCAUUUCUAAAGUGCGCGAUCCGCGAGACGACAGACUGUAAUCCGGUUCAGGUCGGAAAGUGACCGCUGGAAGAUUUUCACUUUCAAUUUUGCAAGCCAAAUAGAUUAUUUUUCUUUACGGGCGAUUUCGCUAGUUAUGGCCCUUUUUUUUUUGCUCUCAAGUAUCACUCUGUGUGCGUCUACUUGAAAAUCGUUACGUGCAGUGAAAAAUAAAAGGAUUAACCGCAAAAAGACCGCAACCGAUGGACGGUUUAUUACACUGCUUGAGGAAAACCGAGACCGAGCGGAUUUAUUGGUUUUACUGUGGUUGUAUCGAACAGUAGUGCGGGAGUUGUGAGGUUUUUGCUCACUGAAACCGGAGGAGGAGGGGGAGAAGCGGAAAAAAGCAAGGAAAAAACCUAUAAAUUAUUCAUCACACAAAUUUCGAUGGUAUUUGUGCGACACGAACGCGAAGGCUGAGGAAGCAUGAGCUACAUUGCGGAGGAAAAAAUCAAACUGGCUGGCGAGGACUCCAAGGAUCGGCUGUAUGAAGCCAAGCAGAAUCAGAAGGCGAUCCGGAUCCUGACGGUGGCCGCGUACGUGCUGUGCGUCUCACUGGUGGCCAUAAUGCUUUCCCUGUACUACAUAUUCCUGUGGGAUCCAAGCUCGAACCAAGCGAUAGCGAAAACACAAACUGUCGACAAUAUCGUCAUCCCGGACAAUCUAGCAAUUCAGCUGGCGAACAGAAGCGAAGUCCCAGCGGAACUGUUCUACACCAAUCUGUAUCGGAACCUAAUUCACAGCAAGACUAUCAAGGCACGCAAAUCGGCCGCCAUCAACGAAUCGUCCAACCUAACCCGGCUGAUCCAGCAGUACCACAGACAGCGGGAACAACCAUCGUCAUCGAGGGAGGAAAAAUUCUCGCUGCUGCAGGCGCUCGAAUCGACGGCUUCCGCCACCGACGACAGUCAACUCGCGUCGGACAUUAUGUUGGCCGACGGGGAGGACGAAGGGGGCGACGAUUACGAGCAGAGCGGUAACUAUGGGCUCUACUCGAACCACACAACGAUCCAGCUGGAUCCGGAUGAAUUGCAGCAGUGAUUUGGGUUCGAACUUUUUCGUGCACAAGAAAUGUGGAAUGGAAUUCUCUUGAUUGGUGAUACAAAACUAAGAAGCACCCAGAAAAAAAUGUGGCCUAAAUUUGGAAUCUUACCCUUAACGAACGCUCCGUUCAAGAGCGGACCAACACAAUAGCGAACGUAUGCUUUAAUCGAAAUUUCCUAAAAAAAUUACCAUUAUGUAAACGUACUUUUAAGCUUGAUUGUCUCACGGUUACAAAACACGUCACACGUUUCGUUACAUUUCAAGAAGUUUUUAUUCGCCUACACGAUGUUGGUUCUAUAACACGGAUACAGACAAUUGUUGUGAUGAAGUUUUAACAUUUGCUGAUUUUCGACGCUUAGGAAAAUCUUUCUCUAAUGUAAUCAGAAUGUAAUGUAAUCAGAACAAAGAUUAGGAAGAAAAGAAAACAAAACUUACAUAGUCAAUAAAGUUAGUAGAGGUAGUCGUUCAGCAAAUUGGAUGUGAAGAGACUCACACAAACACAUUACAUACACACAUUCACUAGUUGAAGAGCGAAAAUCUACUGUUCGUUACGUUUUUAUGUGCAAAGUGAACAAUAUGAAAAUAAAAAUUUUAAGAUAUCCACUAA